ACAGCUACCGUCUGGUUGCCAUUCUCCAAUAUACACAAAGGAGAAGAAGCAGGAGAAGGAGGACACGAAGAAGAAGGAGACGGCGACAGAGGCGCUAUCAACUAGCUUGGCUUGUUACGUCGUGGAAAUUCAGAGAGUUGUCUUUCUUCAUCACACUGCGUCCCCUUCGCCCCCUUCACGAUCGCUGCUGGAUUGUUGGGGAAUUUAGCUCUCUUCCUGACCUGCCAACAUGCCAGCCGCACUUACAGAUUCCAGUCAGAUAAUCUGUGAGGUCUGGGCGAGCAACGUGGAGGAGGAAAUGAGGAAAAUCCGGCAGAUUAUUCAAAGCUACAAUUACAUUGCAAUGGACACAGAAUUCCCUGGAGUGGUUGUCCGGCCAAUCGGCGAGUUCCGCAGCACAGUGGACUACCAGUACCAGCUGCUGAGGUGUAACGUUGACCUCCUGAAGAUCAUCCAGCUCGGCCUCACGUUCAUGAACGAGGAUGGAGACUAUCCUCCUGGCACAACGACGUGGCAGUUCAACUUCAAGUUCAACCUCACAGAAGACAUGUACUCACAGGACUCCAUAGACCUGCUCCAAAACUCCGGCCUCCAGUUUAAAAAACACGAAGAAGAAGGAAUCGACACGCUCUACUUUGCUGAGCUCCUCAUGACGUCCGGUCUGGUGCUCUGUGAAAACGUCAAGUGGCUCUCCUUCCACAGCGGCUAUGACUUUGGCUACCUGGUGAAACUCCUGACAGACGCACGGCUACCUGAGGAGGAACACGACUUCUUCCAGAUUCUCAACCUGUUCUUCCCCGCAAUCUACGACGUCAAGUACUUGAUGAAGAGCUGCAAGAACCUAAAGGUACUGUGUACUGGAUACGGAGAUACAGGGGGUGGAAACUAGAUCGAGACCGUAGUU